AUAAAUUAUGAUAAUUGCACUAAGUUUGCAAAUCAACAGCAUAAAUCAUUAAAUGUCUAGCCAGAGUAAUAAUAAUUUGCACAAGUGUAUCCUUUUCAUGUAAAUGUCUUUUUUUAUUUAUUUUUGUGUCUGAUUAAAGGUAAAGCGGAUCUAAGAGCUAAAGGCUAAUACUAAAUAACAGUAAAUUUUAGGCUAGCACAAGUAAAGUUCAAAUAUACUACAAGUUACAACAGUACAAAGCACACUAUUGAAACUUAAAAAUUGUUUACAUCCAACGUUGGGCCUUAUUGAUGUAUGGCUGCUUAGUUUACAUUAAAUACUGAAUAGAAAUUUUGCUUGUUCUACGUAAGUGAAAAGUGAUUGUAAAUUAAUCUUUCAAUUUCAGAUCAUAUGUUAUGAUAUUACUUAGGGACACACCUAGAAGAUCAAGAAAUUGAUUCUAUUCAGAUGUUUAGAAUGAUGAGGGAUGUAGGUAAUCUACAUCAAGGAUUGUAAUGCACCAGGAAAUACAUUGCUUGGAAUUUUUUAUAACACUGAGAAGUUUCAUGUUUUCUAGAAGAUUGGAACUCUACUACUGAGAUAAACCUGCCACAAUCAUUUGAAAGCUGUCCUGUAAAUAAUUUGAAAAUUCAUGAAAAACUAUGUCCAUGAUUGUACUGCAAAAAUUUCGAUAUAUUUUCAGGAACUGUUACCAACUCUCUGUAUCCCUAUCCCCAAAAGAACACAUCAUUAGACUUCCUUAUAGAUCUUAUGAUACAUGGUUACCAUGGAAAUGUUCAUAUGGAUUAAAGUGGAGUAUACUAACACUACCUUACUGCAAAAAAUGUGGUACUGUAUUAAAGCAGGUAAUAAACAUGAGAUACGAGUUGUAUCUACAGCCAAGUAGGUUUCUAGUUUCUGGUACCACAGAAUCUGUCAUGAAUGUGUUUGAUCGAAAUGCCAAACGUUUACAGAGAAAUCGGGCUGCAAUGGCAAAGGAUGUACACUUGUAUGAUUAUUUAAAAGAUGAGGUAGGAUAUCGAGUGGCAGACAGGGUAUAUGAUAUUAAGAGGCAGUUUCCAGUUGCAGUGGAGCUAGGCUGUGGUCGAGGACACAUUGGACCCCAUCUUACUAAUGACACAGUAGGGUUCCUGUAUCAGUGUGAACUAUCUGAGAAAUUCCUGGAGCAGAGCAGAACUUCAGAGACAGUACCUACCAAGAAGCUUUUAGUAGAUGAGGAGUUUUUCUCUUUUCCAGAAAACAGCAUUGAUAUUGUGCUCAGCAGUCUCAGUCUUCAUUGGGUUAAUGACCUACCUGGAUUGUUUAGACAGAUCCACACUUCUUUGAAAAAAGAUGGUGUUUUGAUUGCAUCACUGUUUGGAGGCGACACUUUGUUUGAGUUGAGAUGUUCACUGCAACUUGCUGAAUUAGAGCGAGAAGGAGGAUUUGCUCCCCACAUUUCUCCUUUCACCGAAGUUAGAGACUUGGGAAAUUUGUUGACUAGAGCAGGAUAUUCCAUGUUGACAGUUGAUACUGAUGAAAUUAAAGUGUGUUAUCCAUCUAUGUUUGAACUAAUGUGGGAUUUAAAAGGUAUGGCAGAGAACAAUGCAUCAUGGUCACGAAAAGCACAUUUACAUAGAGAUACCAUGUUAGCUGCUGCAUCUAUUUAUAAAGAAAUGUAUGGAAACAAAGAUGGAACAAUACCUGCUACUUUUCAGAUUCUUUAUCUGAUUGGCUGGAAACCUGAUGAAACACAGGCUAAACCAGCAAAGAGAGGAUCGGGUACUAUGUCUAUGAAAGACAUAAGCAACUUGGAUCAGCUAAGCAAGAAGUGGAAUAAAGAAUUGGACAAUGACAAUAAAUAGGACUUUAUUAUUUUUCUUUUACAAUUGAGAAAGACAACUAUUGUAAUUUUAAGUACAUAAAACAACUUGCUAUGUUAUUUUGUUGUGUAAUUUUAGUAAUGAUCCUUGAAUAAGUGGCUUAUGCCCUGGAUCCACACUUGAUGGUAAAGUAGAGAACAUAGUCUAGAAAGGAUUGUUGUUAUUGAAUGUUAGAUAUUCAUAAAACAUAAUAAGUUUU